UGUGUCUGGCAACGGAAGCUGCAGCUAAAGCUGCUGGAACGAAACCCCACCAAACGACUGCGGCGUUUAAAUAUUAGUGCCACCCAGUUGGGGUGUCGGUGUGUUGAUAUAUACUCCCCUGUAGUAGCUCGCAAACACGCGAGCCCGCCACUCGACUGGAACUGGUGAACGAACGAUCGUGCCAAAAAGCGUUCACUCGACUGGCGACGCUACACCUGAGCGGAUCGUACGUUAGUGAGUCGCUGUGAGAUUUGUGAGAGAUAUACAUAUAUGUGCCAUAUACGACGGUUCGGAAGAAAACUCGUAAAAUAGUGACGAAAAAUCCUGGUACACUCGGAUAGUGGAAAAGUGUGACCGCCACGGUAGACCACGGGUCGGGAAUUCACUCACAGAAUGGAAAACAGAAGCUACGUCGGCGAUGAAACCUGGAAUGCUGACACACUGCCCGUCGGUGGGCUUGCAGGUUCCUACCAUCAUCAUCACGCACAGCAUCACACGGCAGUCGAUCUAAAAACGUCCGCAACAGACGAUAAACCACCGCUUCGUGAGAAAUGGGGACGUAACAUCGAGUUCCUGCUGUCCUGCGUGGCUCUGUCCGUGGGCUUCGGCAACGUUUGGCGUUUCCCGUACACGGCAUUCAAGAACGGUGGCGGUGCAUUCGUUAUCCCGUACCUGAUAGUACUGUUCAUUAUUGGACGUCCCAUCUACUAUCUGGAAAUGGUGCUCGGCCAAUUCUCGAAUCGUGGUUGUGUCAAGGUGUACGAUCUGGCACCAGCCAUGCGUGGUAUCGGUGUCGGUCAAACGGUAGCCAUUUUUACCGUAAUUACAUACUAUGCUUCCGUACUGGCCGUAACCCUCCGGUAUCUGGUGGCCUCCUUCAGCCCCGAGCUGCCCUGGAGCAAGUGUGAUCCCGAUUGGGUCGAUUGUGUCGAUUCUAGCCGGCUCGGCAGCAUAACGCUGGGCGCAAACGUAACGCAACCGCGAACGUCGGCUGAUUUGUACUUCCGCAACACGGUGAUGCAUUCCGCUGACUCACUGGACGAUGGUUUGGGCUUUCCCGAAUGGCGGCUUGCACUGUGUUUGAUCGUUUCCUGGAUUUGCAUAGUGGGCAUUUUGAUCAAAGGCAUUAAAAGUUCCGGCAAAGUGUCCUACUUCCUGGCCAUCUUUCCGUACAUCAUCAUUGCCGUCCUGCUGGUACGCUCACUAACACUCGAAGGAGCGUGGACCGGUAUCAAGUAUUUCUUUGAGCCACAGUGGGACAAACUGUUGACGAUCGAAGUUUGGUAUGAAGCCGUCACGCAAUGUUUCUUCUCACUGACCAUCUGUUUCGGUGGGUUGAUCGUGUACUCGUCGUUUAAUGACUUUUCGAACAAUAUCUACCGACAUGCGCUAAUUAUCACCUCACUGGACACAGUCACCUCGCUGGUGGCGGGAUGUGUUGUGUUCGGUGUGAUUGGUCAUCUGGCUCACGUUACCGGCCAGUCGGAUAUUUCGAAGGUGGUCCAAAGUGGACCUGCCCUAACGUUCAUCACGUACCCGGACACGAUAGCAAAGUUUGACUUUCUGCCUCAGUUCUUCUCGGUGCUGUUUUUUUUCAUGCUGUUUCUGCUCGGUAUUGGCACACUGAUCGGUAUCGUAACAUCCGUCAUUACCGCCAUUCACGACCAGCGACCGGAUAUUGCCCGGUGGAAGAUUGUCAUUUCGGUGGGGUUGGCCGGAUUUUGUAUUGGUCUCAUCUACAUCACACCGGGCGGGUUGAUUAUCCUAGAGCUGCUCGAUUACUAUGGUGCAACGUUGGUAACGAUCACGCUGGCCGUGUUUGAGCUGCUUACCUUCGCCUGGAUCUAUGGCGUGAAUCGAGUGUGCAAGGAUAUUGAGUUUAUGUUGGGCAUCAAGACAGGAUUGUUUUGGCGUGUUUGCUGGGGCAUCAUAACACCCAUCACCGUGCUCUUCAUACUCCUUGUCAGUUUGAUACAGUACAAACCACAGAACGUUCCACUCGGUUACAAUGCUCUCGGAUGGUGUUUAUAUGCUUUUGCCGUGAUGCAACUACCCUGUUGGGCUGUUUACGCCAUACUACAAAAGCAAGGCCUGGUAUGGUGGGAACGCUGCAAAGCUGUUCUUCGGCCAAUGGCCGACUGGGGCCCGGAAGAUCCUACCAAGCGAUCGGAGUACGGCACCUUCAUCGACGAGUACAAACGACAGUCGUCUCAACGUGCCGGAACGCUUGUGGAAAAAGUUCGAAGAAAGUUGUUCAAAUGAAGCGUAUUGUUUAGAUCUGUGAUUAAUGCGAGCGUGUGAUUGCCACUAAUUUUUAAUAAAUUAAUUUUUCUAAUAACAAA